UGGCGGGUUUUCUGCAACCGACGGUCUUGUUUUUUCCGUCCGUGCCCGUCACGGUUCACGCAUCUAAACCUCCGGUCUCCUCCGGCCGGUUUCCCAAAACACGGAGACCGACGCCGCGCAUCAUGUUGAUAUCAGGGUCAUGUGAGAGGAGACCGAGUCACCACAGCUUCAUUUGUUCCUUUAUGAAACGUGCUUUGAACGUCUGAUGGGUCCAUCAUUAAAAAGAAGGGCAGGUUCACUGAGGUGGGGUCAGACCGCGGGGGGAUCCGUGUGGGGGACCCGGUCCGACGACCGUCCGCUAGGAGCCGUCCGGUCAACGGGACAGCGGCGAGGUCCCGUUCCAGCAUCCGGACGAAAAGGCGGACGCGACAGGAGCGUGUCACAAGACAAAAAGCUCGUUUGUCUUCCGGCGUCUUAACGAGGUUUUCGGUGCGAGCACGGGUCGAUCAUUUGUCGUCUUCUAAUCCAGUUCCUCCUCAGGUCGUCGGAUUGGUGGACGUCCCUCUGUCCCUCUGGACGGAAGGCGCUUGGUUUCCGGGGACAGGAGAAAAUGCGCCUUUUGUUCCAGGGGUUAAAGGUGAGGCUCGGAAGCCAAGACGGGGCCUGGUUUAUCCCCGGUGUUGCUGAGCCAGACGGGAGCCGGUCUAGAGUUUCGGCUGGGUGCCUCGCGUCCGCGAAGUCAGAGGACUCGCAAGAGAGAUGAGGAAACCACCUCAGUGACUUAGUAACCGGAGGUUUCAGCUCUGUCGACGGCCGGAGCCUUUGGAGGCUGCGUCCGCAAAUUGUUUCUAGUGAACUUCACACGGUCAAAGCUGCAGUGGCCCGUUACGGUGCGAGCGCAGAGGUCAGGUGACUCGACUGACUCCGGUCAUUGCGCCGGUGUCGGGUCCGUCCACGCGCUUCUGUGUCCGGGAACGCGAGCGGACGAUGUGGGCCGGUGAGUCCACAUCCAGACGCGCGCUGGUCUCGGUUUGACUCCUCCGGUGCGAAUGAAAACGUUUUAGCAGCGAACUGAGCUCUCCCAGGAUAAGGACGCUGGCGAAAGCGCUGACUCCAGCGUUUCUGAGAUUUGGGGGGACCAGGCAGGACUUCAUGGUGUUCACCCCUCAGGGGUAUCAUCAACCGGACUCGGGACCCACCGCAGGUCAGUCCUGUGAUGAUCCGGAGCCGCCGUCUUGGCUGGAGGAGAGGCUGAAGGACGAGUGGGCUCAGCGGCAAGCGGUCCUGCUGAGAGAGGACCGGCAGAGGAAGUACAAAAGAGUCAAGUUCACAGAGUUCACCGUAGACCUGCUGCACUCCUUCACCAACUGCACCGGGCUGGACCUGAUCUUCGGGCUGAACGCUCUGCUCAGAACCGCUGACAACACCUGGAACAGCAGCAACGCCCGCUCGCUGCUGCGGUACUGUGAAUCCAGACGCUACAGGAUGUCCUGGGAGCUGGGGAACGAACCCAACAGCUAUGAGAAGAAGGCCGGGAUUCGGGUGGAUGGGUACCAGCUGGGACAGGAUUUUAGCCAUCUCAGAGAAAUUAUGUCAGAGUCCAGACUCUACCGUGACGCCGGACUGUACGGGCCAGACAUCGGCCAGCCGCGAGACCACAGGACAGACAUGCUGGAGGGGUUCCUGAAGAGUGGAGCUGAGGCAGUCGACGCCUGUACCUGGCACCAUUAUUACGUGAAUGGGAGAGACACGUCCCUGGAGGAUUUUCUAGAUCCAGAGGUUCUGGACACCCUGGCCUUAAAGACCAAUGAAGUGCUGGAGAAAGUAAGGCUGGUGUCUCCGGGGAAGACGGUUUGGCUGGGGGAGACAAGCUCAGCCUACGGGGGAGGAGCGCCAGGCCUGUCCGACACCUUCGUAGCGGGAUUCAUGUGGCUGGAUAAACUGGGGCUGGGAGCCAGACUCGGCCUGGGUGUUGUGAUGCGGCAGGUCUUGGUUGGUUAUGGGAGUUACCACCUGGUCGACAACAACCUGGAUCCCCUACCUGACUAUUGGUUGUCGAUUCUCUACAAGAGACUCGUUGGACCCGAAGUUUUGAAAAUUGCAGCGUUUUCUGAUUUUGUUCAAAGCAGAAGAGUGAGGCUGUAUCUGCACUGCUCUAACAAACAGAGCUAUAGGAGUGGAGCUGUCACGCUGAUUUCUCUGAACCUGAGUAAGAAGCCAGCCAGGAUCUCUGCUCCCGCGCUCAUCUCCUCCAGCACAGUGGAGGCUUUUGUCCUCCAGUCUGACCGGCCGGGGGAGGAGGGGCUCUACUCCAGGUCUGUGAAACUGAACGGAGAAGUGUUGAAGAUGGUGGACGAUAAAACUUUCCCUGACCUUCAGGGAACUCGCCUGCCUCCGGCCGAACACCUGCAGCUUCCUGCCUACUCUCUGGCCUUCUUCGUCUUCACAGACGCUCGCGCUGCCGCCUGUCGUGAACACGGACUCCUCAGAUGAAGUACUGAGCGCGGCCGGUCGUCAUUCCUCCCACCAACUAGUACAACACUGAGAGCUGCUCACCACUGGACUAAAAAGACUUGAACUCAAGUGACUCGCUGAGGACGGCAAAACUACCUGGUGCUAGUUUGUUUUCCUCGAAGAGUCCCUUUCGUUUAAUGGAAGCUGGGGUGUCUUAUUUAUAGACAUUAUUGUAUUAAUAAAGUUCUUUUCUAAUCCUGUUCCACACAGCUGGAGACACCUGUGUCCUAAACCACUGUUAGUCCAUAACUAACCUCCCCUGUGUCUGAAAUGCUAAAAUGACUGGUCAGCUGGAGGCAGAUGAUGUCCUUCAGCCUCAGCAGUCAGACUUUAUGUCACUAGUUCUGCAGGUGUCCGCGCAUAAACCAAAGCACUGGAAAAAUUCAGACGUCGAGCGGAUGACGGCGCUAGAGGAAAAGCCAGAGGGUCAGCAGAGUCAUUGCGGUUCAUCCCGAGGGGACAACGAACGAACGUCUGAACCGCAUUUCGUCACGAUCUGUCCGAUAGAGCUGCAGGUCUUGAGUGCUCGCUGUUCCUGGCAGUGCUUCGUCCCCUUCUGUCGCCAUUUCAUUUUUUUCUCUAAUCGAUCUCCUCAGUGUUGCUGGACUCAGGACAACGAUCCUGCAGGUUUACGUCGUCACCACCAGUUUGAAUGAAUAUUUAUCGUCAAAAUCAGGUUUUGUUCGUCAUUGCGGUGGACGGGUCUAGAUACUACAUUACCCAUGAGCCUUGAGUGCUGUCGCUGUGGAGAGGAAGCCAGUCAGAGGAGCGAAUCAGAGCGGCAGCGUAUUAAAAACACGAAACACGGCGUCGUGACCCAGAAUUUACGGGUGAAUUCAUUCAAGCUGCAGAUUAAAACAUCAUUUUUCUCAGCACCGUCAGCUUUGGCUGUUUCCUGCCAGAAUGCACCUUGGGAGUCAUAGUUAACUUCUCCCGCCACGUUUUUAUGUCCACAGGCCUCUUGCACCUUUGACUUUUUUUUAUCAAAGAACCAGUUAUUUUAAGACGCAGCUGUUAAUGGUUUGGACUGAUGAUCUACAGAUAUUUUCUUUGCCUUUAUUUGACGCAGCAGAGGCACAGACAGGAAGUGUGGGGUACCAUUAGGGCCCCCCAGGGCUGACGGUUUCACUGAGACAGUUUGGGUCAAAGCUGUGGCCGAGCGACAGUCGUGCACCGUGGCCUCAUGGAAAAAUGAAUGACGUUCGCUUCCACAGCCAGAGGUGCCUGAAAAAGCUCCUCUGACCUCGCAACUCAGUGCAUCUUCUAGGUACCGUGGAUAUUUGUACCCGUCCGCGGAUGGCGGUCCACAAAAUAACAUUUCACUAAGAGCCCAAAAUGUCAACCUGCUGGUGGCACUAGAGGAACAGUCAGGGGACCACCAAAGUCAGUAGGAUUCGUCCUCUGGGGAACACGAACGUCUGUACAAAAUUUCAAGUUGUUGUUGAGACGUUUCAGUCUGGAGCAAAAAUCAAUAAAUUCCAAAUCAGGUUUUCUGUCAGUUUUUCUUUUUUAUUUUCACCUAAAGAAAGACAAACACUGAGCUUUACUUCAUCACAACCAACGUGCGGCAGAAAUAUUUUUCAGGUCACGGACGCAUUAUUCUUCCUGCUCCUCUCCGUGUGUGAUAAUGUAGCACAGAGAUUUGUAAUCCAAGUUCCCUUCGGCGUCGAUAUUUGACGACUGAAACAUCUGCUUCACCUGCAAAAAACACAGAUUAACACUGAGGAGCUUGUUUUAUCACAGUUUCAGUGCACGCAGAAGUUAUUAAAGUGACCGCGGUUCUGCAAAUCCUGGAUGAUCGAUGCGUAAAAGCUUUCGCGUUUCAAAUUCACAACAACUUUCUAUAAGUCAGCGUCAGCACCGCACCGAAAAUGAAGAAACAUUACGCCGGCGUUUGCUAAAUUCCUGCGACACAAUUUGAGUUUGAAACAGGCUGAAAUGAUCUCAUCACACUGGCAGGGGUUUUUUUCCACUUGUUUUAAGAAAAUGUAACUUUAAGGACUCAAUAAUGUAAAAGUUACAAAAGUGACUUGAUGCUGUGCUCAUCUUCUCAGGCUCAGACACAUGCACGUGAUGGAAAUGCAGGUGUAACACAACAUGCACCCGUAAAUAAAGCCGGUACAUUCGUUACCUCCUCG